GUUUACUCAAUGACAAUUGACAAGAUCCUGCGGUUCCACAACGGACAGUAUGACAAAGCUCACCAUUGUUUGGCCUAUACCAUGAAUGAACUUAAAAGAAAAUUUCCUGAAUUCGGGAACCAUGAACGAAGGCCAUCUUAUUGUACAAAUGUACCAUUGAUAAAUG